AUGAUGUGGAUUAUGAGAUUCUCUGGGUUUUUCUCAGCAGCAAUGAUGAUGAUUGUACUCUCUCCUUCUCUGCAAUCCUUUCCUUCGAUUGAAUCCUCCCUUAAAUUCUCCUUUCGAAAGGCUCCAGCAUUUCACAAUGCCGAUCAAUGUAAUUACCCAACAUUUGGAAAAUCAGGCGUUUGCGAUCCCUCUCUUAUACAUGUUGCGAUUACCCUCGACGUUGAAUACUUACGGGGUUCGAUCGCUGCAGUUCAUUCAAUUCUGCAGCAUUCAAAAUGUCCAGAAAAUGUCUUCUUUCAUUUUCUUGUUUCAGAGACCACUCUCGAAACUCUAGUCCGAUCCACCUUCCCCGAAUUGAAAUUCAAAUCCUAUUAUUUCGAUCCGGAAAAAGUUCGCGGAUUGAUCUCCAGUUCUGUUAGACAAGAACUAGAACAGCCAUUGAAUUACGCGAGAAAUUACUUGGCGGAUCUUUUGGAGCCUUGUGUCAGGCGGGUGAUUUACUUGGAUUCGGAUCUUGUACUGGUCGAUGAUAUUUUGAAGCUUUGGAGUACAAGCUUGGGGAAGAAGACCAUCGGAGCACCCGAAUAUUGCCACACAAACUUCACCAAAUACUUCACCGGCUAUUUCUGGUCCGAGCCACGAUUUUCCGGCGUGUUUUCGCUGCGGAACACCUGUUAUUUCAACACCGGAGUAAUGGUUAUAGAUCUCAAUAAAUGGCGGCGCUUCGGAUACACGCGGCGGAUAGAGAAGUGGAUGGAGAUACAGAAGACAAGCCCAAGCCGAAUUUACGAGCUCGGCUCGCUGCCACCGUUCUUGCUGGUUUUUGCUGGACACGUGGCGCCAAUCGAGCACCGUUGGAAUCAACAUGGCUUGGGAGGCGAUAAUGUGAGAGGAAGUUGCCGUGACCUACAUACCGGUCCUGUGAGUCUGCUACAUUGGAGCGGUUCCGGCAAGCCGUGGCUCCGGCUCGACUCCAAGCAGCCGUGUCCCCUAGACUCAUUGUGGUCCCCUUACGAUUUGUAUGAACACAGCUCCCAUUUUUUUCUUCUGUGA